GGAGGCCACACGAGCAGGUGAGAGAGGAGAGGAAAAGCGAGAGAGGGAAGGACAAGUCGUCUGCAGUCCGCUGCACUUGAGCACACACGCGCGGCGUGGGGGGACGACGACACUCGGGAUCCUCCACAAAACUAAACUAAAUCAAAAUAUUCUGCUUUUUUGUUUGUUUGUUUGUUUGUUUGCUUUUGCCGUCCACGCGUCAAGCCGCAGCGUUUGGAAAGCAGUUUUUUUAUUUUUUAUUUGGUGUCUUGGGGGGGAAAAAAAUUGUUUUAAAUUUUAUUAUUUGUUUGUUUGGAGCUGAGCCAUUGUCGCAAAGCGGAUGACGGGUUUGCCUGCACGGCUCGGGCUGACGGAUCGGCACAGACGUUCGAGAGCAGAAUGGAAGUUCAAUUGACAAGUCGCUCGUGGCGCGGAUCAACACGUGGAUCUUUUCGCAGAAUUGGCCCAAACCGUGGAGAUCCCCCCCCCCCCUUUCUUCCAGCUAAAAGUUGACUAAAAGAUUCCAAUAAUUCGAGAAAGAACUGCACUCGUCCACUCAUUAACUGCGCAGAAUUCCUUGAUUGAACUUCGCUGCUGUCCAGUGCUUUUGGCGCACGGAGCGCGCAUCCACGGCUAUUUAUUGUGUCGUGAUUAUUUUUGGGGGUAUCCAAAAAAAGAAAAACCCGAAGAACUGCCAACUUGAUCACCCACCUGAGUGUACAACAGAUUGGGAUAAAACUGCGAGGGGAACGGAAAUAAAUUGUCCCAUCAGGGCACCACUGGGAUUAUUGGUUUGACAUCGCCUGCAGAAAGUGGAUUACAUCUUGCAGCUCCAUGACCGGCGCGGCAAUGAAGUUGGGACUGGAUUGCGCGUGUCUGCCAGCCUGCUGGCCCCUGGGCAGCUUGCUGGACUCCAGACACUGCGUGUUUGCGCUCACACUCCUCACACUCCUCAUGCAGGUGGUGGUGGAGGCCAACUCCUGGUGGUCUUUAGCCAUGAACCAGCCGCUGAUCCCGGAGGCCUACAUCAUCGGUGCCCAGCCUCUGUGCAGCCAGUUGGCGGGCCUCUCGCAGGGCCAGAAGAAGCUGUGCCAGCUCUACCAGGACCACAUGCAGUACAUCGGCGAAGGUGCCAAGACGGGCAUCAGAGAGUGCCAGUACCAAUUCAGACAUCGGCGCUGGAACUGCAGCACGGUGGACAACUCCUCUGUCUUUGGACGGGUCAUGCAAAUAGGCAGUCGAGAGACGGCCUUCACCUACGCCAUCAGCGCUGCGGGGGUCGUGAACGCAGUGAGCCGUGCCUGCAGAGAGGGGGAGCUGUCCAGCUGCGGGUGCAGCCGUGCCGCUCGGCCCAAAGACCUGCCACGAGAUUGGCUGUGGGGCGGUUGUGGCGAUAACCUCAACUAUGGCUACAGGUUCUCCAAGGAGUUUGUGGACGCUCGCGAGAGGGAGAAGAGCUACCCGAAAGGCUCGCAAGACAGUGCCCGGCUCAUGAUGAAUCUUCAUAAUAAUGAGGCUGGGAGAAGGACUGUGUCCGACCUCGCGCACGUGUCCUGCAAGUGCCACGGGGUGUCCGGCUCGUGCAGUCUCAAGACCUGCUGGCUGCAGCUGGCCGACUUCCGCAAAGUGGGCGACGCGUUGAAGGAGAAGUACGACAGCGCCGCCGCCAUGAAGCUCAACUCGCGUGGGAAGCUGGUGCAGAUGAACAACAAGUUCAACGCACCCACCAGCCACGACCUGGUGUACAUCGAGUCUAGUCCAGACUACUGCCUGAAGAACCAAAGCACCGGUUCACUGGGCACUGUGGGACGUCUUUGCAACAAGACCUCGGAGGGGAUGGACGGGUGCGAGCUGAUGUGCUGCGGUCGCGGUUACGACCAGUUCAAGGCCCAGUUAGUGGAGCGCUGCCACUGCAAGUUCCACUGGUGCUGCUACGUCAAGUGCAAGCGCUGCACCAAAAUCGUAGACCAAUUCGUCUGCAAGUGAGACGAGAGGCGAGUAGCAGACGAUGGCCGUGCACCUGUGUGAGCGAAGAAGUCCGAGACAGAGAGAGAAACUAUAUAAAUUAUAUUUAUAGAGUUAAACAAUUAUGCCAUUGCAAAAAGACUUGACUCACACCCUGCCCCCCCCCCCCCCCCAAAAAAAAAAAAUCACAUCUUCAGGAACUGAGAGUAUCAUAAAAUAUUUAUUUUAAGAUUGUUUUACGUUGGUCCAGCUGAUUUUUAACUCCUGCAAGUGCCUAAAAUGGCUGGAAACACCGUCAUCCCUUCCCAACAACUCCAUUAAUUCCGGAAAGGUUUGUUUCUUUUGUCAGAAUUGUCAUAUGGAUAACAAAAUUGGACUGUGUUUCCCGUUUUGUAAGAAAAAGUAGAGCGUGAUACUUGACGCGCAGUUGACUUCAAGGUCCUGGUUUGUUGUGUGGCUGCGGUGACAGGAGAGUGCCUUUGUGUUGCAAGGACGGAUGUGUUUUCACGGGCUCGAUCCCAAACCGGCUCUCACAUCCCCGAGCCCAACUUCUCCCCUCUCCACUCGUGGAGCGUGAGGGAUCUUGUUGGUUCGUACGAGUCUGUGGAGAAAAAUGGGUUCAGUCAGAGGACUGUUUUAGGGGCCGGGCUAUUUAUUAAGCUGUCCCAGAAACCUUAGCGAUCCACAGGUGCUGCAGAACCUCGCCACCAUUAUGCACUUUGAUACAGAGGCUUAAACCUGUCUGUAUGUGUCUGUUCAGCUGUUUUUUUUAAUCUUUUUUUUUUUUUUUACUGCAGUGCAUAAGUUAAUAUAUCAAUAUUAUAGCCAACACUGUUUUCCAUAUUAAUUCAGAUUAUUCAUUUACCAUAGUCUACAAUACAUAACCUGGUUUGAGUAUAUAUGGGCAAGGUUUUGAUUACAUUGGUGAAAUAGUCCAUGUUCUGUGUAUAUAUAUUGUCUAGUCAACUGAUCAGUAAACUGUAUUUAUUUUUUCUUUAACCGGAUCCUCCAUUAUAGCAGCAAAACAUGACUCCUUUAGUUGGACACUCUAUGUGGAAGUCACUUUUCCAAAAGUUAUACAUCACUCUCGCAACUCUUCAAAGUUUUCGUAAAGGGAAAUGCACCUUAUUUGUCCUCUCGCAGUUUUUCUUCUCACCUUUGUUCAGUGUUAGCGUGAGACACAUUUUACACAUACCGGAGGCUCCCAUUCACCAAUAUCACGUAUUUGGCCUCUCAUAAAGCGAACGAUCUCCACUAGUCCAACUAAAUUUUAUGUAUAUUUAUAAGCUUCCUUCAUCAAUUUGAGGUUUGUUCAACUUUAUGUGUAAUAGCAAAUAUUUUACUUUUUACAAAUUGGCUAAAUGCUUUACUUUGUUUCAAUAAAUAUAUAAAACCAGA